AAGUCUCCUGAGCCCGGCAACUUCGGCCCCUCCCCGCCCCCACCCGGCUGCCCUCCGCGCGGCCCUCCCCAUGUGCAGCCGGACGGCCGGGCUCUCCUCCUCGCGGCGGAUGGGUGACCUUUUCCUGGCACGGGCGGGCUGUGCGAGGCGGCGGAGCAGGCGAUGAAGAAGCAGCAGCAGCAUCCCGGCGGCGGCGCGGAUCCCUGGCCCCAUGGGGUCCCUCUGGGGGGCGCCCCUGCGGGCCUGGGCAGCUGGAAGCGCCGGGUGGCCCUGCUGCCUUUCCUGCGCUUCUCCCUCCGGGACUACGGUUUCUGCAUGGCCACCCUCCUGGUCUUCUGCCUGGGCUCCCUCUUCUAUCAGCUCAGCGGGGGACCCCCUCGCUUCCUGCUCGACCUGCGGCAGUAUUUGGGAAACUCCACUUACUUGGAUGAUCAUGGACCACCUCCUAGUAAGGUCCUCCCUUUCCCAAGCCAGGUGGUGUACAACAGAGUGGGCAAGUGUGGGAGCCGUACUGUGGUCUUGCUCCUGAGAAUCUUGUCGGAGAAGCAUGGAUUCAAUUUGGUCACAUCUGACAUUCACAACAAAACCAGACUUACUAAAAAUGAGCAGAUGGAACUGAUUAAAAAUAUAAGUACUGCCGAACAACCCUAUUUAUUCACUCGACAUGUUCAUUUCCUCAACUUCUCAAGGUUUGGAGGAGACCAGCCUGUCUACAUCAACAUCAUUAGAGACCCCGUCAACCGGUUUUUAUCUAACUAUUUUUUCCGUCGCUUUGGAGACUGGAGAGGGGAACAGAAUCACAUGAUCCGCACCCCCAGCAUGAGGCAGGAAGAGCGCUACCUGGAUAUCAAUGAGUGUAUUCUUGAAAACUAUCCUGAGUGUUCCAACCCCAGGCUAUUUUACAUCAUUCCGUAUUUUUGUGGACAGCAUCCCAGAUGCAGGGAGCCUGGUGAGUGGGCCCUUGAAAGAGCAAAGCUGAACGUGAAUGAAAACUUCCUGCUUGUGGGGAUUCUUGAAGAGUUGGAAGAUGUGCUGCUUUUACUGGAAAGAUUUUUACCUCAUUACUUCAAGGGCGUGCUCAGUAUCUACAAAGACCCAGAGCAUAGGAAACUUGGAAACAUGACUGUGACGGUGAAGAAGACUGUCCCCUCUCCCGAGGCUGUGCAGAUCCUCUACCAGCGGAUGAGAUACGAGUACGAGUUCUACCACUACGUCAAGGAGCAGUUCCACCUGCUGAAGCGCAAGUUUGGACUGAAGUCUCAUGUCAGCAAGCCCCCCCUGAGGCCACACUUCUUUAUCCCAACCCCACUGGAAACCGAGGAGCCAAUCGAUGACGAGGAACAAGAUGAUGAAAAGUGGCUGGAAGAUAUUUAUAAGAGUGCCUGUGAGAGGCAAGAUAAGAUUGAGCCUGAUUGCUGAGGAUUUUGGAAGAAA